UGACCAAUGAGUUUGAUUGGAUACGUGGCCUUUGAUGUCAUCUCAACAACAAAAGAUAUGGGAAAAGUUUUCUCGUAUUUGCUAUGCAUGUAGGGUAGGGCAGGGCAAUGUGACGAUAUUUAUUGUGGCAACAAUAUAAAGUGUAAAUAGAUAGAGAUUUUGCUGUAUUGUGUAUAUCAAGAUAUGUAAAUAUCCAUGUGUGUGCCAUGUGCGUGUCUCUCAGUGGGCAGGGCUUCACGUAAGACUGAGAGAAUUUAAGAGAUAUGGACAGGGUUUUUCCGGUGUCGUGUCAUUUUUUGAUUCUGUAGUAUACUUAUGGUUGGGGGAAAGUGUAGAUGUGGACAUUAGGGAUAGGGACCAAUAGCCACGUUUACACUAUCAGGCCAAAUAAUGGUGUGCUAGUCCAUGCCAGGGCUCUGUCACUUCCGGGGCUUCAUUAUGCCCCCUCGGGACUUUGAGUACCGUUGGACCAAAGAAGGCCAAUUGGGGAUCACAAAACUUAAGGAACCCAUUUGAAUUCUACUGAGGUUCUUUUUUUUUUUUUUACUUUCAAGCACUAUAGAGGAAGACAAACAUCUCAAACGGCUAGUCAGCCUGACAAACUAACCACCACUGAUGAGGAAAACAACUACAAUACUGUGUCAUUCACCAUAAUAAAAGCAUCUAAUAAAGGAACACUUGGACACCUCCUCUCCCCUUCCCACAAUGGCCAAUUCAAUGGAUAUAGAUGACUCUCUGUACAGUCGACAGCGUUAUGUGCUGGGAGACAGUGCCAUGCAGCAGAUGGCCCAGUCUGCUGUGUUUCUCAGUGGAAUGGGAGCUGUUGGAGUGGAGAUAGCAAAAAACAUUGUCCUGGCAGGAGUAAAGGUUGUCACCCUCCAUGACUUUAAGCAGUGUGAAGUUUGGGAUCUGGGCACCAACUUCUUCAUCAGAGAGGAGGAUGUACAUAGCCAUAAGAAAAGGGUGGAGGCUGUCCAUUCUCGAGUGGCUGAGUUAAAUCCAUAUGUUCAGGUCAGUGUGUCCAGUGAUGUCCUGGAUGAAAGCACUGACCUCAGCUUCCUGAAUAGAUACCAGUGUGUAGUGUUGACAGAAACAAAACUAAGCUUACAGAAACGGAUCAACAAUUUCUGCCACUCUCAGCAGCCUCCUAUCAAGUUCAUUGUCUGUGAUGUGUUUGGGAUCUGCUCGCAAGUGUUCUGUGAUUUUGGAGACACAUUUGAGGUAUCUGACCCUACAGGAGAGGAACCAAAAGAAAUUUUCAUCCAGAAUAUCAGCCAGGAGAGCGCUGGCAUGGUGACUUGUAUGGACAGCCGUACACACGGUCUCCAGACAGGACAGAGCGUGUGUUUCAGAGAGAUCAAUGGAAUGAGUGAACUCAAUGGUACCAUACACCAGGUUACAGUUCUCUCCCCCUAUAGCUUUGCGAUUGGAGACACCUCAUCAUUCCAGCCAUAUGCUCAUGGAGGAAUCUUUCGCCUAGUCAAGAUCCCUAAAACAAUCAGCUUUGAGACGAUGGAGCAGCAGAUAUCUGACCCUCGACUCCUCUCCCCUGACUUAAGCAAACCAGAGGUCCCUCUACAGCUCCAUACAAUCAUGUUAGCUUUGGAUGCUUUCCUGGAACAGCAUGGCAGACUUCCCAACAUUGGUUGUUUGCUGGAUGCUGAGCUGCUCCUGAAGUUUACAGAGGAGAUCAUCAAAACACUUAAAAACAAAGUGUGUUUAAACCCGGAUCUGGUGAGGUGUGUGUCACGCUGUGCAAGGGGCUGUCUCUCUCCUCUCACGGCCGUGGUAGGUGGCAUCGCUAGUCAAGAGGUGCUGAAGGCUCUCACUGGAAAGUUUUCACCUCUUCAGCAAUGGUUUUAUCUAGAUACAGUGGAGGUCAUUCAGCCCCUCCAGUCUCUCCCUGCUGAGGAAUUUGCCCCCAGGGGUGAUCGGUAUGAUGCAUUGAGGGCGUGCAUCGGUGAGUCACUGUGUUUGAACCUGCACAAGUUUCACGUGUUUAUGGUGGGCUGUGGUGCUAUUGGCUGUGAGAUGCUGAAGAAUUUGGCAUUGCUGGGUGUGGGAUUGAGCAAAUGUUCAGGAGAGAUUUGCAUCACCGAUCCAGAUCUAAUUGAGAAAUCUAACCUCAAUCGGCAGUUUCUCUUCAGACCUCAACACAUACGGAAGCCAAAAAGCACUACAGCAGCAGAAGCUACAUUAGAAAUAAAUCCAGAGCUGCAAAUAGAUGCUCAUCUGCAUAAAGUGUGUCCUGCUACAGAGGACAUCUAUAAUGAUCCUUUCUUCUCCCGACUCAACCUGGUAGUCACCGCACUGGACAAUGUGGAGGCAAGGAGAUACGUGGAUAGUCGAAGUGUAUCAAAUCAGAAAGCUCUGUUAGACUCCGGUACCAUGGGUUCAAAAGGACACACAGAGAUCAUCGUCCCAAACCUCACUGAGUCUUACAACAGCCAUAGAGACCCACCAGAGGAAGAGAUCCCGUUUUGUACUCUAAAGUCUUUUCCUGCUGUUAUUGAACACACCAUACAGUGGGCUAGAGACAAGUUUGAAAGUGCUUUUACCCACAAACCCUCUGUGUACAACAUGUUCUGGCAAAGUCAUUCAUCAUCUCAGAAUGUGCUACAGAGAAUGAUGGCUGGGGAGAGUAUGGAAGGAUCAUUUCAGGUCAUUAAGUUGUUGAGUCGGAGACCCACUCAAUGGGAUCACUGUCUAGCCCUUGCCCGCCACAAAUUUGACAAGUACUUCAAAAGAAAGGCAUUACAACUACUGCACUCAUUUCCACUGGACACACGGCUAAAAGAUGGCAGUCUGUUCUGGCAGUCUCCAAAACGGCCACCGUCUCCUAUAGAGUUUGACCUCAAUGACCAACUGCAUUUCAGUUUUGUUGCCAGUGCAGCUCGUCUAUUUGCUGAAAUGUAUAAUGUUCCAUACUCAGAAAAGAAUCUUUCCUACGAGUCUGUAUCAAGCGUUUUAGCUGCAGUGGAGGUUCCUGAAUACAAACCAGCAGAAAAGCAUAUAGAGACAGAUGAAAAUGCUAAGAAGCCUGAGCAGAUUAAAGUGACGGUAAGCAGUGAAGAGGAGAGGGAGGCGAUCUCGCAACUACAGGAGGCCAUCAACUCCGACUUCAUAACACCAGAAAGGCUACAUAUGACUCCAUUGUACUUUGAAAAGGAUGAUGAUUCAAACGGACACAUGGAUUUUGUAGCAGCAGCAUCUGCUCUUCGAGCUCAUAUGUAUGCCAUUGAGGCUGCUGACAGACUACAAACCAAACGGAUUGCUGGCAAAAUCAUCCCUGCUAUCGCCACAUCUACUGCUGCUGUUGCAGGACUGGUGGCAUUGGAGUUGAUAAAAAUCGCUGGUGGUUAUGGAUUUGAGUCAUUUAAAAACUGUUUCUUCAACCUGGCCAUUCCAGUUAUGGUGCUCACAGAAACCGCUCGGGUCAAGAGAACCCAGAUCAGAGAUGAUAUCUCCUUCUCUAUCUGGGACCGUUGGACUAUCUUUGGUCAUGAGGACUUCACCUUAUCUGAUUUCAUUCAUGCAGUUAGGGAAAAAUAUGGAAUUGAGCCCACUAUGGUUGUUCACGGGGUGAAGAUGCUCUAUGUACCGGUUAUGCCAGGCCAUAACAAAAGACUCAAACUGACAAUGCAUAAACUGAUCAAGCCCUCAGCAGGCAGGAAGUAUGUCGACCUCACCGUAUCAUUUGCCCCUGAUGCAGAUGAUGACGAGGAUCUGCCCGGCCCCCCUGUGCGCUAUUACUUAAGUCGAGGAAGCCAGAGUGACGAGACAGCCUGACGCACAUACACACACACACACACACACACACACACACACACACACACUCCCCUCCCUUGCCCUGUGGACCACAAGUGGAGAAGCAUUUGAUGUGACUCAAUGUACAUAGUGAAUUUUUGUUUUCUACUGGUUUAUUAUUUUAUUGCACAGCAUUGUCUGUGCUGCUGCCUUAAGAUAAAUAUAUUGUACUUCAAUGUAACAAUAAUAUUGAUUAUAAUAUUAAUGCUCGGAAGAGUAAAAACAAAAGAAAUUGUUUACAUGACUUCCCCAGGGCUUCAUUAUUACUCUGUAUGUUUGUCUUUUAGACUGGGAGAGCACUCAGUUCAGUGUUAGUCAAUGGAGGGCUUGUAAGAGAUAUUCAUGUUGCUCUCAUGUAGGGAUGAUUUAUUUGCACAUGACUAAAUGUUUUGGGAGGAUAUUGGGGUUUAAUAAGUUGUCCGUCACUGUAAGCAACAUAAACGCCAAAGAUUUUGCUUCAGCAGCUGAAUUCAGAGGUUCUUCACAACUCUUCCUUGAGAGUGCUGCAUGCAAAGACAAAAUGCAGUAACUACACAUUUUGUCCAUAUUAAGUUCUGACAGAAAUUGGGUCUCUUAAACUAUGAUCUGUCCUGUGACAGGCAGUUUUGGCUUAACUAAAUCAAGUUAUAUUUAAGCCAUUUUUCUUAGUUUCAGUCUUUUAGAUUGUUAAUGUGUUUGUAGGACAGUAUGGAUGUCCUUCAUUAGGGUAGAGUUAUAGGAAAUCGAUUCUGUUGUCACACAUGCUAUGACAGUUCCACAGUUUUGGAAAAUUUCUUUGAAGUAAGGGUAGUAAGAUUAGCAAAAUUAAUUCUCAACAGUGCCACAAGGGUGAGCUAUAGUUAACAGUAUUUUAGCAGCCACCUAUACCCGCCUGCUGCUAACAGCUGCUUAAUAUGCUUUCAUUCCUGUGACAUGAACAUUUUGCAGACAAAGCUUAUGGCUGUGACUCAGCAUGAUUACAUUAUAUAGACACUGUCCCUCACAUUAAAGUUUAUUCAUAUCACCUAAAGCUUGCAUGUCAGCAGCAAAAACAAGCUUUUCACAAGUUUUCCACUGCAUUUGCUGCCUUUGUUGCCAUUCAGUCCUCUUAAAGCAGGGGUGGGGAAAAUUAUUCCCAUUAAGGGCCAUUCAAGUAUUUACACAAUUAUUUGAGUUAUUUAAUAACAUGCAAUUUCUGAUUGUGUGUUGAAAUUAACAUAUGCAUUCUGUUAUGUGUACAUACACCUAGAAAAAAACACUAAAGGGUCUGUCUAUUAUAACAUAUUUGCAUUAUUAUCAUUUUAAAAGUAUUUUUAUACAUUUUAAUUAUUUUAUUUUUUUUCCAGUUAACCAAAUCCAGGCCAUUUUUUGCUUUUCAAAUUAUUUCUCAAAUUGCCUCUUGGGCUGGGUAAAAUGGUCUUGCUGGCCUUAUAUGGCACUGAGGCUGACGUUCCCCACCCCUGUCCUAAAGUGUCCUUGAAUAUGUAUAUCUGAGUUAGCCAAGCAGUUAAGUUAACACACAAGUGACUGGCAAUAGUGAUCGGAAAUCACACACGCAUACCCAACUCUAAGCUGAGAUUUCAGUGAAUGUCUUGUAGAAGAAGCUUUUCAAACAUUUUCGACUUUGAUCCCUUUAAAAUGGCUGACUUUCAGUUGCACUGAAUUUUCCAACAUUUAGUUUAUCUAAAACAUUAUGAUAAUAUCUGAUGUAUCUAAAUGAGUUAAACCAGUAAUUGGAAGAUGAUGUAAUGUGUUGUCAUUGUGACCACAUUAUUCAAUGGAAAAUUAAAUAAAGUCAAAUCAA